CCCUCCGUUCCCCCCCCCCCCUUCCAGCCGCCGGGAUGCUGCCGGGCUCCUCUCCCGGCCGCUGAGCCUCCGGCGGCCCGGGGAAGCCCGGAGCCCCUCCUGCAGCCCCCGGCGGGCGGAUCGCGCUGCGGGUCACCUUGCAGGGAGGAAAAUGGGGGCCACUGCCCCAGUGUGACCCAUCUCUAAGGUACAACAAAACACAGACCGCCCGCCCCGCUCCCUCAGACACCUCCCAGUAUGGAUGGCUUGAUUGAGCAAAACAGUGUGCUGAUGCACAAUAAGAUCGCCGAAGCCGGGAAAAGGAAUGGUUUAAUUAACACAAGGAACUUGGUAGCAGAGAGCCGAGAUGGUCUGGUCUCCGUGUACCCAACCCCGCAGUAUCAGAGCCACCGAGCGGGGAGCCUUUCCUCUCCGAGCUGCCUGGAGAAUGGCAGGAGCGACCCCGUGCAGCAGCUCCUGGAUCCCAACAUGCUGCAGCAGACGGUGGAGUCCCACUACCGGCCCAACAUCAUCCUCUACUCGGAGAACGUGCUGCGCUCGUGGGGCGAGAGCAUCGGCUCGGAGUGCUGCGAAACCACCUUCAUCGAGGACCGCUCCCCCACCAAGGACAGCCUGGAGUACCCGGACAGCAAGUUCAUCGACCUCUCGGCAGAUGACAUCAAGAUUCACACCCUCUCCUACGAUGUGGAGGAAGAGGAGGAUUUCCAGGAGCUAGAGAGUGAUUACUCAAGUGACACCGAAAGUGAAGACAAUUUCCUGAUGAUGCCGCCAAGAGAUCAUCUCGGCCUCACUGUGUUCUCCAUGCUCUGCUGUUUCUGGCCACUGGGAAUUGCUGCCUUUUACCUGUCUCAUGAGGGCAAAGAAGGUGAUGCUCACCCAAAAAGAAAUGCCACUUCAUGGGCUGGAUGGAGUAAGAUUUGGUUAAACCGCGUCUAAAUAUGAAGUGCAAUGUAAGAGGCAACUCCAGACACAUGGUUACCUGCCUGCCUUUUGUGAUGCACCUGCAUUGCACAGAGCUAUGCUCUGGCCACGGAAAGCACAAACCUAUUUACUAGAAUGAGGAAUCACUUGAGGAAGAAAUCCUCUGAGAAUAAGUUCUCAUACCAGCUUUUGUUUUGCCACUCGGAGGUGCAGCAGAGCACUUCAGACAUAUGGAAGAACCUGGAGCAGAGCAGCAGCAGCAGCUGCUUACAGCAGCUUAUCCCCUCUCCAGAUGUCAAGGAAUUUCUGUUGACACCCCCGUAUCAUCCUUUUGGCAUUGCUCCCCAAACAAUAGAGGUAUUUCAGCACUGCCCCGCAUGUAACGUGGCCCUCAUAAGCUAUCCCAACUGGAUCUUAGUGCUACCAGACAGUAGGUUAUCAUCAAGACUUUACACUUUUUAACAUUUAAAUGCUCAGGGUUUAGAAGAGGGUUGAUCCAUCUCUGAAGGAAAGAUAAGAGUCCCAAGUUAUCUAGUCUCUACCUAUCAGCACUGGAGAAUGGACAGAAAUCCCCUGAAGAUGACCCAAGUAAUUGGUUUUAGAAACUGCUGUCGAAAGGCUGGAUAAGCCUACAUGUAAGCUGGAGACCCGCCUUUGAAGAGGAAAAGAAACUUAAGCAUCAUGAGAAAUUAAGUCCAGCACUGAAACUAGGAAGUUUGGGUUUCUGUUUAGGAGUGUCUGCAUUUCAGAUGACACCUUCUUCCCUCUCCACUUCCCACUUUAUUGUGGAAAUUCCUUUAACCCUUUCCACUGUAAGUUACAGGCAGGGAAUGGUCACUUGAGACUUGUGUCCAUUUCUUGGGUCAAGCUCACAGCAGAAAUGAUGGAAACCUCCAGAAGAGCCUUUCAGUUUCUACUGGGCUGCAGUUUCUAUUAUACUGUGGGCAUAAAGGAAUUCGCAAAUGCCUGACAGAGUGCAGGACCAUCUGUCAUUUAUUUGGAUCACCAUUUCUGCCUGUGGAGCUGUCUGAUGGGACUUGAAUAGCCCUUCUGUUGCCAGAGAAGUCUUCUCAAGCCUGAAAACUCCCCUGCCACAUCCCAACCCACAUGCCUGGUGCCUGCCAGCCCCAUGCUCUUCCCUGCUGAGUGGCACCUCCCUUCUGUCAUUUAUGGUCCAAAAGCAAAUCCUGAGCAGCCUUCUCCCAUCUGUAUCUUGAGGAAAGUCUCUGGAGUCCUUUUCUUGCACUCAGUGAAACUAAGUGGUGCAACACAGAGAGGGGAGGCAUCACUGCCCACAACUUUGAGAUCAGCAGAAGUGCAAGAUGGACAAGCCAAAAACAGUGGCCAGGGCUUUUGCCUAGAAGAAAGAUGGAAGAAGAGAUGGGAGCAGGAUCAGUUUCUGUAUGAGUCACUCAUUUUGUGGCAUUUAUUUGCACAACACUUGAAGAUGGAAGACUCAGUGACUAAGGCUAGUGACUGCAUGUAACCUGUGCAUCCCUGCUCCCUGCUGGCCAUUUCUCCCCACAAAGUGGAAAGAAACCCUCCUGCCACCUGACCAACCAGGUCUGGAUUCCCUCUCCUCCUACUGCAUGGGGCCAUUCCUGCUGUCUAGCCUCAAGGGGAUGAAGCAGGAUUAAUAAUUGUGAUCAAUGCGUUUCUUGUCUCCAGACACAGCAUACCACAAGGUAUUUUGUGAGCAUGAUAUAUGAGUCAGUGUGGGAUGCAGCAGAAUGUUUUGGCCUUGCAUCUGUGCAGGUACAGUAUUCAUCUUUCCUCAGCCCAUAAAACAUGCAGCCUGGAGACGUGAUGAAUAUGUUUUGCUGAAGCUCAAGUGGGAACUCCAGGGAAGUUCCUUGAAAGUGUUUCUAAACAAGAUAUUAGUUUUGUUAGUUAAAUAAAGACAGAAAAACCUUUCAGGCCUCCUUACCCCUUCUACAAACCCCCACUCUCCACCCUGUCCCUUUCCUGGGGUGCUUCCAAAGCCUCUAUAAGGCAAGAUUGAGUGAGGGCUGGUAUUUGCUCUAGCCCCAGCUGACCUCAAACUUCAUGGCAGCCUAUGUCAGUAGCUGACAAGCCCCUGGUCAUAGCUGGGCAUCCAAAGGAUACAAACCAAAGCAAAACCAAGAGGCGGGGUUCAUCCAGGGAUAGGAGCCCCUUGCAAGGAAGGUAUCUCAUCUUCUGGCUGUGCAGCAAGGGAACCUGGUGCUGAUGUGAUGAAUUUUCCCCCACUCAUAAUUCAUCCAGUGUCUUGCACUCAUCCCCUGCUCUGUUUAUCAAACCUGUUGGUCCCACUGCUGUCCAAAGACUGUAUUAAAUUGCUUCAUCAAUCAUCUGGCUGCCAGACACAGUCUUGCUAAGGAAGGGAAGAAACAAAUGGAUAGAAAUGCCAUAAAACUCCACACAUUAUAUAAUUCUGAUUAAGAAAAGUGCUUACUUCUGCACUCACUUUUAAACCCAUUAGAAUAGCUGUUUUGUAUUCCUUACUAGUUAAAUUAAGGUACUUAUCUUGAAGAUGAUUUAGUGAAUCAAAGCCUUUGUUACUAUGGCAUUUAGAUCUUCAUUCUUGUACCAGUCGUUGCUGCAUUACCUUCCAGAGUCAAGUAUGAUGGGCCAGUUAAUAACAGCUAAGUAUUCAGCCCACUAAUACUAAUAGCUAAAGCUUUAUUUUUCAGUGGAAGGGAAAAAAUGAAAGCAAACAUUGCAUUUUCUCCUUUACUGAGGUCAGAGCUGUGUCUGCCAAAAGCAGCUCACAGAAAUCCAUUUCCAAACUGCAUAUGAAUGGCUGGGCAAACACUGCCUUUGUACCAUUUGACACAUCAGCCCAAGGGCCCUAGUGAUCAACAUUACCCAAUUGCCACAUCUAAUAAGUAAAACACAUGGGUGGAUGCAGGGAUUCCUCAUCUUAGGCAAGGUUUCUGAGUAGACUGUGGUACCUGUGGACACCCAGGGGUG